AUGGCGGGCUUCGGGAGCCUGCUGAGGCCCUUCCGGAGGGAAUCCGCUAGGUCCCGCCUCCAUUUCCACGCCGGCGCCACUCUCCUCCGUCUCCCUCCUCCUCUCCUCUCCCUGUUCACCCCGCCGCCGUCGGUCCCGCCCGUCGCCGUCUUCCCCGAUCCCUCCGCAGCGCUUCUCCGCUUCACGUCCUGUGGUUCUCGGCUGUUCUCUCCCCUGUGGAGGCGGGUGCCUUUCUCCGGGCCCCUGUUCCUGUCUUCUCCUCCGUGGAAGCUCUCGCAGGCCGCUACCCCGUUGUAUUUGCAGGGGGAGGAGACCGGAUUGCGCUUGGCGAGGAAACCGGGGUUCCCGCUUAGGCUAGGGUUCAGGUCCUCUGGGAAAGUCCGAGCUGGGCUUGCGGACGCAGUUCGGUGGGUUAGACCGCCCGCAGGCGACAAUGUUGUGGCGGCUGCCAGACUUGCGAGUGACGAGAGAGUUCUAAAUCUUCCGAAUGUGAUUUCCAUCAGUCGAAUGGUCUCCGGCCCCGUGAUAGGAUGGUACGUCUAUCUGUUUUCCCCAAUUUUCGUCAGUUUCAGAAGAAACUGAUUUUUGUCUGGGACUUGGUGCUUUUCUUGAUUGGAUUGAGGAUUAAAAUUUAUGACUAUGUCUCCUUGUUGAAUUAAUUGGUUUCCAUCCUUUACGAAUUUAUCCCAUUUAUCGGGGUUAAAUUCCUUAUUUCAGGGAGGUGUGGAAACGGAAAAUUGAGAAUCAAUCUGAUACUUGGGUUUACCUCCGUAUACAAUGCUAUGCUAAGCUGCAUGUCCUAUGAGCCUGCAUUCCUUUUGCUCAUCUCUAGCCUGCCCCUGCCAUUGACAUUGAUCUUUUUCUUGCCAGUAACAUGAGUGAAUCCUCAAUCUGUCUUGUCUCCUCCUACCCUAGACUUUUUCUCAAGCUUGGACGACGAACUCCUCCUUGAGUAUCCAAGAUAGUUUCGAGCCUCGAGUCCUAAAAGUCCCGUGAAACCCUAAUGUUUCCACUCUAGACUAUGAUGUAUAUCGUGUAUAAAUUAUGGCUGAGGCAGAUUCAGCGAGAUGACUUGCUUGUAAGAAGAUCUAUGAUUUCUGUGUACUCAUAAAGUGUUUAUGGGCUCGACAAAGUGCAGAUCCUAUGUCUUAUGGGAGCUUUUCCUUGUUAGUGUUGAUAUUACUUAUCUAAGGGGAAUGCUGACUGAUUGUUUGAAUGGCAUGAUCUGCGUUUGAUGGCUUAUUUUUUCUUUAUUUUUGUAUAAAUUGGGAUGGUUUUCGUAAAACUUCAGAAAGAUGUUAUCAUAAUGUUACCUUAAUAUUGAUUAAUGUCGAGUUUGGUGGUGUGAAUCAGGAUGACUGAAUGUGCGUUGAAAAUUGGAUACAGUAGGCUACUUAACCUGGGAAUCUAUUAGAAAGUUUUAUUCCUGUGCAAACUGUAUUUUUUGUUUAAUUUUUCACGCUGAAGGAAACUCUGGACAAAAUUUUGGACUGUGGUAGAACUAUCAAGAAUUAGAAAUUUUUUGUGCAUCUAGCGGAGAAAUUUUUAUGAGGUUUACUGCAGGUUGGCUUGGUGGCGAGUUCUUCUACAUGACUUAGAAAUAGGUGUUCUUUGGUUGGAAAGGUGUAAGAGUAGCUUAAAAAACCCAUUCUGUAUCUUUAUUCAUGUGGCAAAGUGUUAAGAUCAUUAUAAGAUUGGGGAGGAGCCACCGCCAAUGGGUCAAAGGCUGAGAUCCGAUAUGAUAUGUUAAAAAAUGUUUUGCCGAUUUUCUUCUCAUAUACCUCCUAAAUAGUCCAGGAGGGGCCCAUAUUCUGAUUAGGUGGCAGGGCUUUUCAUUAACCGCAGUGUUCUUGGUGCAAUGUUGUUUCAGUUUUAAUGAAUAACAUCCUCGGAUUCAAAAAACUCUUUGCGUUGCAGUUUACUGAUUUUUGAGUAUUAUUGUGGAUAUAGUAUAUUAAUAUUGCUAAUACUCGUGCAGGAUGAUCUUGAGCGAAUGGUAUAUUCCUGCUUUUGUGGGGCUGGGCAUCUCUGGAUUGACUGAUUGGGUAGGAACUGCAUUACAGUCACAUUUGGUCGUUCUUUCCUUCUUGGGCUCUGGCUUAGCGUUCAUGUGUACGCACAUUUUCACUUAUUCCCUAUUAUCUUGCAGUUAGAUGGCUACGUUGCAAGGAAAUUGAAGAUUAAUUCGGUGCUUGGAUCAUACCUCGAUCCCCUGGCUGACAAGGUGGAAGCAUCUUCAUUUUCUAGCCUGUGGACCAUUCUCUCAGCUCCCUGGCGUCUCUCACUCCAAAAGCUAUUUCUGUAUUGAACUCCCCUAUCUUGGUCCAACAGCUCCGUGGUUUGCUAUUUCAGGUUCUAAUUGGUUGUGUUGCUUUAGCUAUGGUGAAGAAGGAUCUUCUGCAUGGUAAUCGCAGAAGUCCUCAAUCUUCAUCUUCGAAGAAUGUUUUUUUCACCCUGGUCAAUUGUAUUGUUGAGCCCAAAAUCCUUUUUUCUAUAUCACUAUCCACUUUCAUCGAGUAAUCCCUUUCCGGGUAGACUUUUUCUCUCGGAUUUGAAUCCAUCUCGUUGUUUUUUUCCACAGCUGGACUGGUUGAGCUCAUAGUGUUCAGGGAUAUUGGCCUCAUAGGCGGUGCAGUGUACAAAAGAGCAUCCAGCAUGGGCUGGGAGGUGGGAUUUCUUACCAUAAAUAGAAGUUGUUCUUGUAUGGAUCUUGUUCAUGCUCUCAUUUUUUUUUUCCAUUUUUAAUGUUUGUUUAGUGGAAGAAUUUAUCCGAUUUUGUCCAUCUCGACAAGAUAAGACAAGAAAAGGUGGAGCCCCUUUUUAUUAGCAAGGUAUUGCAUUUAUUUGCACUACAGAUGCUUUGUUUUCUAUCAUUAAUGAGAAAAUAUAUUGAGUAUGGAUCUUGACAAUUGCAGGUUAACACUGUUUUCCAAUUGGGUUUAGUUGCUGCCGCACUUCUUCAACCGGAAUUUGGUUCAGAGCAAACCCAGUUGUACAUAACUUACCUGAGGUACCAAUCUCUGCAUCGAAUCUCAUGAGUCACUGUCUUAGAUAGUAUCUGCUCAAGAACUCAGUGCUUUACUAUAAUUAGUAAGUAGCCUGUUGAGCAUCUUCUGCUCUUCCGAAAACUUAAAGAGUUCAUCUUUUACUCAGUCAGGAGUAAGCAAAUUUAAAUAAUUUCUGGGCAAGUCAACUGAUUGGUGCUCCUAUGAGGACAGAUCUUCUCUAGGAUCUCUAGACUCCGUUUUUUAUUCAAUCAGAACUAGAAAAUCUUAAAUGAUUGAACCCUUUGGCUGCCUGUUCUAGUGAGAUGAUCCUCCUCUGCUCUCUCGUUUCUCUCUCUUGCAGUUGGUUGGUGGCCUCGACGACUGUGGCGUCGUCAGUGGCUUAUGGGGCCCAGCUUCUUCGGCCAAGAUAA